AUGCUCUUCCUCAGCAGCGCUCUUCUCGUGCGCCCGCCUCUUCUCGUGCGCCCGCCGGCGCCGCGCACCAGAUCGGCCGCCGCGAUGGCGCUGGAGGACUCGCCGGUCGUCAUUGUCCCCGGAUUCGGGAACGCCGACAUCGACUACAAGACGCCGCUCGGCCAGGACGCCGACGUGGGCCUCGAGUCGGUGCUGGCGCGCCGCGGCUUCACCGACGUGCGCACAAUGCCGUGCGAACGGGUCGAGUGGGCGCGGGUGAUCCUCGGCCUCCUCGCGGCGAUCGUGUGGCGGCCGUGGGCGACGCCGGAGGGUCCCGCCUACUCGUGGUUCAUCGACCGUCUGCGCGGCGCCGUGGAGGAGGCGCACGCGCAGAGCGGCGGCAAGAAGGUGCUCCUCGUCGCCCACUCGGCGGGCGGCUGGCUGAGCCGCGCCGCCCUCUCCGACGGCGGCGCGUGGCGCGGCGGCGCGGCUGCUCCUGCCGAGCUGGUGAGCGGCCUUGUCACGCUCGGCGCGCCGCACUUCCCGCCGCCGGAGGGUACGCCCGACAUGACGCAGGGCGUGAUCCGGGCCGUCAAUGACGACUACCCCGGCGCCUUCCUCGCCCGCGAGGGCAUCGCCUAUGUGACCGUCGGAGGCGACGCCAUCGUUGGAGACGACUCAAAGGCGCAGAGCCCGGCCGCGGCGUCGGUGGACAACGUGUACGCGAUGCGCGGCGAGGGCUCCGCCGCCCGCGUCGCCUUCAACUCGUACCUGAUGACGUGCGGCCGCGGCGACGUGACGGGCGACGGCGUCGUGCCGCUCGAGUGGACGCUGCUGGAGGGCGCGAGGCAGGUGGUGCUGCCGGGCGUGCUGCACUCGAUCAACGAGGCGGGCACGACGCUGCCGACCGACCGCUGGUACGGCUCCGAGCAGGUGGUCGACCGCUGGCUCGGCGCCGUGCGGCAGGAGGUGGCGGCGGAGACGACGAACCCGCUCGAGGAGGCGGUGAGCCAGAUGAGGAGGCUGGUGGGCCUGGACGCGUUGUGA